CACAGGCACAGGCACAAUAGGGAUGGUUAUGGUAAGGGCGUUGCGGUACGUACUGUCACUCAAACAACGAUUUCGGCCCGACGCGGCCACACGCAAACGGGAAGAGGAGCCGACCCCCGACUUCGCUGCUGCGAGGUGAAUGACUAGCAGGCAAAAACGCAACACAACACAACACAACACAACACAAUCAAAUACUUCGCGCACCCCGCCUCACGUCCAAAUCUCCCCACAUCAGGCCUCCUCCCUAGUCUCCCCGAAUUGGAUCUGAUACCUCCUCUACCUGCUCUGCCUCCUCAGCUUCAACCUCAACCACUCCUCUGAAUUCGGCGCCAGUCGACUCCCCUUGUCCAACAUGGAGAGUGCAACCUACGAGAAGACACCCUUGAAUGCUGUCAAUCGAGUGCGAAACCGGGCGUUCUACGAUCGUGCAUUGAUCCAUGGCAUUGUCGAUGCAACACCGAUCCUCCACGUCGCCUUCAACCCGGCCGAGCCUGAAGAUGAUCCCUUCCCCAUUGUCCUGCCCAUGCUGGGCUGUACGGCUUCCUUCCCAGGUGGAAAGUCAUCCGCAGACGAGACCACCGAUCCCGAUAUCUACAUCCAUGGUUACGUUUCCGCGCGUCUCAUGAAGCUGCCGAAGUCUGAUGAGCACGCCGCUCGUGGACUUCCCGUCACCAUUUCGGCUUCGAUCUUGGAUGGGCUCGUCCUGUCGCUCACCCCAUUCCACAACAGCUGCAACUACCGCUCCGCUGUCGUGUUCGGAUAUGCCACCGUCGUCACCGACGCGGCGGAGAAGAUGUGGGCAAUGGAGACCAUUACGGAGAACAUUAUCCGCGGACGGUGGGAGAACUCUCGAGUUCCACCUACCCAGACCGAGAUGACCAGCACGUCCAUCCUCCGCGUCCGCAUUCACUCCGCUAGUUCGAAGGUUCGGACCGGCGAGCCGAUUGAGGAUCGGAAGGACUUGAAGGACGAUGCCCUGACAGCUAAGGUCUGGACUGGCGUCGUGCCUUCGUGGCUGCAGUGGGGCGAGCCUGUUCCGACACAAGCGAACAAGGUCCCCAAGGCUCCGGAGUACUUGAACCAAUGGGUGAGUGAGGAGAAUUCGAAUGGAAAAGAAAAGGCUGUUGCAGCUGCAACCUCAUAGAAUGGCAUAGAAAUGAUGAACUGGCUCCAUGGCAUGAAAUUAUAGCAGCUGGCGAGGAAAAAGCAAAUACAGGAGUCUUAAGAGUACUGCUCGUUUCAAAGAGCCACUGACGGUGUUCUUGAGUUCCCAACUUGCUUAUUGAAGUGAGGCUUUUCACAGAGGAAAUGAGAGAGCGAUCAGCUGGUUUGUGCAUGUGCAGAUAGUUUGGCAUGUUGGCAAGCGCUAUUUCUCAAGGCAACCUCUUGAUAAGAACCAUGC